UUUGAUUUUUCUGACUUGUUUGGUUUCUAAAUUCCAUAAAAUGUGAUAUUUAUAUAUUUGAAAGUCAAAAAUAGGGGCAAAGCGCAGAUGACGGUCUUGUUGGGCCACAGGGUGCUCCUCGCUGGAUGGGCGAGGCGUGCCACGCCAACCGCCGUCCAGUGGAUGCACCACAACCCAGAAAAGAUGACGCUGCUCGAGAUGCUGGGCACCACCAAUCUACGCAAGAGCACCCCCAAGGACUACCGAAUCCUGCGCGAGAUCUUCAACUCCUUCGAACGAUACUCCGGAGUGGGCAACGACAUUCAAUUGACCUUGCCAGAGCGCGCUGCCAACGAGCUGAUCAUGUGCGAAAAGAAGCGGGAGUACGAGAAGGGCAUCUUGGAUCCCUCGAAGUUCGCGCCGGGACACCACAUCUUCCAGGUGCUCACCAAGGUGAAGAAGUCGUUGCUCUUCCAGACCCUGCGACGGAUGCCCAAGGGUGCAGCCCUCAAGGCGCACGACACCUCCAUGUGCAGUUCGAGGGUGGUGAUCGAUAUGACCUAUCGGGAUAACCUCUGGGUGUGUACCACCAAAAACGGCUGCCGAGUGGUGGAGUUCCGAUUCGCGAAGGAUAAGCCCAAGGACGUCAGGCACGAGAAUGGCGAGUGGCAGCCCAUGGAAAAGCUCAGGGAAUUCCGCGGCGAGGAGAAUCUCAGAAAGUAUUUGCAAAUGCGAUUCAGCAUGUACCCCUUGGCCAGCUUUACGACCAAUGCCCACGCCUGGCGCCACCUGAUGGGCAUCUUUGACCUGCUGGACGGUCUACUACAGUACGCCCCCGUUUGGGGCGACUACUACUACAAUGCGCUCAAGGAGUUCUACGCCGACGGAGUGCAAUAUUUGGAGGUAAGAUCUGUGCUCCCAAACCUCUACUGCCUGGAUGGUAGCCGGAUGCCCAAGCGAGAAACUGUGCAAAUCUACAAGGACACACUGGAGCGAUUCAAGAAGGAGCAUCCAGGAUUCAUCGAUUCCAAACUGAUAUAUGCACCAAUUCGGCAUGUGCAACCGGAAGUAGUGGGAGAAUACAUUAAGGAGUGCACAGAACUGAAUAAAGAGUUUCCCAGCUUCGUGGUUGGCUUCGACUUGGUGGGUCAGGAGGACGUGGGCCAUCCGCUGAGCAAUUUCGCAGCGGAGCUGCUCAAGCUGCCCGACCACAUCCACUUUUACUUUCACGCCGGCCAGACCAACUGGUAUGGAUCGCACGUGGACCAGAAUCUUUUGGACGCCAUUGUGCUGGGCACGAAGAGGAUCGGUCAUGGCUACACGAUCACCAAGCACCCGGUGCUCAUGCGGCUGGCCAAGUACCUGAACAUCGCGUUGGAAGUGUGUCCGGUGUCCAACCAGGUGCUCCAACUGGGAUCCGACUACCGCAGUCAUCCGGCUGCCACGCUGAUCGCCGAGAAUGUGCCCAUGGUGAUCGCCUCCGGCAGUCCGGGCUUCUGGCGAGCUGCUCCUCUGUCCCAUGACUUCUACAUGGCCUUUCUGGGCAUUGCACCCAUGAAUGCCGAUCUGAAGUUUCUCAAGCGAACCGCCAAGAACUCCAUUAAGUACAGCUCGCUGAAGGACGAGGCCAAGGCCGAGGCCAUGGAAAAGUGGAAGAGGCAAUGGGAUAAGUGGGUCGAGAAUAUAGUCAGGCAAAGGAAAAAGGAUUCUGAGACUGAAAAGAAAUAAAACACAUA